AUGGUACGAUCCUCCUAUGCAUCUCAAAUCGAAAUCUGGACAGACGCCAAAACGCAGUUCCAAACAGCAGUGGGCGAAGAAGAACAGCAGCUAACAUGCUUGGGAUAUACAGGCCAAGGGCGAAUCCUCAACGCAGCAGGCCGAUGGCUCGUCCGUCAGGACCCAGGGCGCCGCUGAGAAGGCUGCCAACCCAAUGCGCGAGCUGCGCAUCCAGAAGCUCGUCCUCAACAUCUCCGUCGGCGAGUCUGGUGACAGACUUACCCGUGCUGCCAAGGUGCUCGAACAGCUGAGCGGUCAGACUCCAGUCUACAGUGCGUACACAAUAUAUGCCAUCUAGGUACGAAGUCGAGAGGGAAUGAAGAUGCUGAUGGGAUGAACCACAGGCAAGGCCCGCUACACCGUUCGUACAUUCGGUAUCCGUCGUAACGAAAAGAUCGCCGUUCACGUUACCGUCCGUGGUCCCAAGGCGGAGGAGAUCCUCGAGCGUGGCCUCAAGGUCAAGGAGUACGAACUCCGCAAGCGCAACUUCUCCGAGACUGGCAACUUCGGCUUCGGUAUCUCUGAGCACAUCGAUCUUGGAAUCAAGUACGACCCAGCGAUCGGUAUCUACGGCAUGGACUUCUACUGCUGCAUGUGAGUGACAAGCAUGGGCAUCUGCAACCUCGGUGAGGGUUACACGUAUUGAUGACUGUUUAGGACCCGUCCCGGUGAGCGUGUCGCCAAGCGGAGACGUGCGAAGGCCCGCAUCGGAGCAUCCCACCGCAUCAACCAGUCCGAGACCGUCAAGUGGUACAAGAACAGAUUCGAGGGUAUCGUGAGGUAA